GUGAACGGAGCCAGAGUUCGUCAUUACAGCGCUGACAGCAGGAGACGCCAUGAUCCGGGUUUCUGUCAUAGUCGGCGUUUUGCUGACAGUCAGCGUCAAUGCAAAGCCAUUGAAUAAACCGUCAGAUGAGCACUUGAAGGAAAUGGUUGUGUCCGUUGAUGAGCGGGGGAAGCUGUCCUGGGGAGUCGAGGUGGAGCCUCCCGAGGACAUGGAUGGUGUUCAGUACGAGAUCGACCCCGGCAUGAAGAUCUGGAGCCACAUGAGGAACAGCGGACAGGACAAACAUCACCUGAAGCCUGAGGAGGAUCUGGAUGAGACGUACCAUCCUUCACUAGCUGAGCUCCAAGCUCAGAUCAGACAGUUUGGAGGCAGAGCUGAGGAGAAGGACAAAGACCAGCAUUCGCCCGUACAGAUGGAGCAGAGCAGCGAGAGAGACGUGAGAAUGUAUCUUCAGCCUGAGGAAGACAUGGAUGACCUUUACCACCAGGAGCUCCUCAUCCCAGCCCUUCGACAAGAUGUAGCUGACGCUGCUGCUCCUGUCGAGCUGCCAUCUCCACAAAGGAAGUACACCAAGCCAGAGGAGGAUCUGGACGAUCUUUACCACAGAGAACUCCUCAUGCCAGUCCUCCAACAAGAUGUGGCUGAAGCGCCCGUCGGCCUUCCCUCUCAAAGGAAGUACACCAAGCCAGAGGAAGAUCUGGAUGGACUCUACCACCAGUGAUCCGAGCGAAUAGCCGCUAUUCUAAACAUGUCAGACGCAACGCAUAAAUGCACCUGCACACGUCGAUUCUAUUAAACUGCUUUACAGUAACAUA